GUUUAAGUGGAGAAGAAUGAUGGAAUGCAAACCGACACCAUCAACCACGCCUCCCCGCUACCCCUUCCCCUUCUUUCUGCUUCUUAUUCCACCCCCUCUUCACCAGACUGAUCCUAGAUUUUCCCGCCCUCUUCUCUAUUUUGUCUGAAAAUUACACAACUAUGAAAUUCAGCCUGGAGAUUAGCGCUUUCUUUCUGUUGGUAUUCUCUAUUUCGCUCUGUGGGGCUGUCAGAAAAGAGAAGACGGUUUCUCAGAAGCUCGAGGUUCACAAACACUUGCAUCGUCUGAAUAAACCUGCUGUCAAGUCCGUAGAGAGCCCAGAUGGUGAUAUCAUUGAUUGCAUCCAUAUUUCUCACCAACCAGCUUUUGAUCAUCCUCAUUUCAAGAACCACACAAUUCAGAUGAGGCCAAGUUACCAUCCAGAAGGGCUGUUUGAGGAUGGAGAGGUAAGCACAGAGAAGGAGGGUGGGAAUGAUGGGUCAAACCUUAUUCAUCAGCUUUGGCAUUUGAAUGGGAGGUGUCCUGAAGGAACAAUUCCUGUUAGAAGGACGAAAAAAGAGGACCUUUUGAGAGUGAGCUCUAUGAAGAGCUACGGGAAAAAGAAGCUUAAAGGUGUUCCUAAACCCAGGUCUGCUGAACCUGAUUUCAUUUCCCAGAAUGGACACCAGCAUGCAAUAGCCUAUGUUCAAGGAGGAGAGUAUUAUGGUGCAAAAGCCACAAUAAACGUUUGGGAGCCUAAAAUUCAACAACCUAACGAGUUCAGCUUGUCUCAGAUUUGGAUUCUUGGGGGUGAUUUCGACUCUGACCUCAACAGCAUUGAAGCUGGUUGGCAGGUUAGCCCGGAUUUGUAUGGUGAUCACAACACAAGACUGUUCACAUAUUGGACUAGUGAUGCUUAUCAAGCCACUGGAUGCUACAACUUGCUAUGCUCUGGAUUUAUUCAAAUUAAUAAUAAUAUAGCCAUGGGGGCCACCAUCUUCCCCCUUUCCAACUAUAGAGGUUCCCAAUUUGAUGUCAGCAUUCUCGUCUGGAAGGACCCAACAUUGGGCAACUGGUGGAUGCAGUUUGGGAAAAACAACAUUCUUGGAUACUGGCCUGCGUACCUAUUUUCUAACCUACAAGACAGUGCUUCAAUGGUUGAGUGGGGCGGGGAGGUGGUGAAUUCGGAGCCUGACGGGUUGCACACUACGACUCAGAUGGGCAGCGGCCACUUCCCGGGUGAAGGGUUUGGGAAGGCUAGCUAUUUCAGGAAUAUACAGGUCGUGGACGCGUCAAAUAACUUGAGACCUCCCCAAGACCUGGGAGUUUACACUGAGGAUGACGACUGCUACGAUGUGCACCUUGGAGAGAAUAGUAAUUGGGGGAACUACUUCUACUACGGUGGUCCAGGUAGAAACGACAAUUGCCCAUGACCGGUCACGGUAGAAACGAGAGUCGCGCAUGACCGUGAGAUCUUGUGCUAGGUUGCUCCCUCGUCGAAUGCCAUCACAUCUUCAUUUUAUUAAUUCCUCACGCAUCCUCAGUGUAGAAAGUAAAAACAAAGAAACCGCGCAGACGUGGUUGGUUUAGGCGUGAUCGAAAAUCAUGUAUCCCUUUUAAAUACAUGUAGGGGUAGGCUAGUUUAGAAAAUGUGUGAAUGAGCAGCAUCUUGAUUAAUAUAUGGUCACAUUGGACUGUUUUACUACUACCUUUUCUUGUAAUUAAGCUGUAAAUGCCUCCCAGCCGAGAGGCGAUUGUAGCCAGAAGACGCAAUAUGAUGGUCAUGUUUCUCCACAUUGAAACAGACCUCUUUAUUCAGAUGUGUCAAGUUCUUUGUUCGUAACUCAUUGCUUCUAAUUCGUUGAAAUCUACAUGCAGCAGCAAUCCA